UUGACUGUUCAACUUCGAAAGCCUUCAGUCUGAAGUGUGUUUGUCAUUCAUAGCUCACCCCAAGAUUUCUCUUGACGCUUGUCGUUGCUGGAGUCUUGAUUCCAGCCACAUGUUCUUGUUGCCUGCCUGGAUGUGGAUGACCCAUAAAUAAGCAGCGGGCCCUGAAUCUUCCAGCAGAACCAAAUCCUAAGAGGAAAAAAGAUCGCGAGUUUAUGGUCUUCUAAGCAUUUUGUGGCGAUACAUGGAGCCCAACAAUAUGACCAACCUGCCAAACGCCUCAAACACAGAGCAAGGCCACUGCAAGAGACACUGCAGGAUGAUUCUGAUAACACUCUACAGCAUGGUUUUGCUUGGAGGCACCACGGGGACAGUACUGAUGUCACGUAUGAUGUGCAAAAGGAAGAGCCAAUCCAUGAUUGCCAUGAUCAUUCUCAAUAUCAUAGUGCUACACUCAGUCCUCCUGGUCAGCCUCCCGUUCCGCCUCAGCUAUUAUAUCUUAGAUGUCUGGGAGUUCGGAUCCUUUCUCUGCCGACUGGUCAGCAGCAUAAUAUACGGUCAUAUGUACUUCACCUUUGUUUUCUAUGUGGUCAUUGUCAUACUCCGAUUGCUCGUCUAUUUUAAGAAACUUCAAAUGCAAAAGUUGCAAAAAUACCACAUGGUAGUAUUAAGCAUUGUUAUUUGGACCACGGGCAGCCUUGUUUUUUGGCCAAUAUUACUUUUACAAUAUGGCAUACAUCCAAGCUACUCAGAAAAACCACGGUGCUUUGAGUUCUACAAAGAUCUCAACCGGGGGGAUCUCAUUAUCUUGAACUACUCUAUGAUUGUCAUUAUGAUCUCAACAGUUGUUAUACUCUUUCUGAUAGAGAUGGGCGUCAUCGUUCAACUGAUAAAAGCUCUCUGGCCUGACAUGUGGGCACAUCAAGACUAUAGAGCUCAAAUCAAGAGCUUCUUCUUCCUCCUAGUAAUAGUGGUCUGUUUUAUACCCCACCACGUAUUCCGGGUACAUUUUAUUCAAAAUUACUCAGAGAUAGACAAUUCUGAGUUAGUUCUUUAUAAUGAAAUUUUUGUUGCUUUGACUACUGUCUGUUGCCUGGAUAUGGUGUGUUUCAUAGGUGGGGUUAUCCAUUAAAUACUCCUUGUCCCUCA